AUGGGCGGCCACACCAAGAUAAAGCACACAGCUACCAUGGGCGGCCACACCAAGAUAAAGCUCACAGCUACCAUGGGCGGCCACACCACGAUAAAGCUCACAGCUACCAUGGGCGGCCACACCAAGAUAAAGCUCACAGCUACCAUGGGCGGCCACACCAAGAUAAAGCUCACAGCUACCAUGGGCGGCCACACCAAGAUAAAGCUCACAGCUACCAUGGGAGGCCACACCAAGAUAAAGCUCACAGCUACCAUGGGCGGCCACACCACGAUAAAGCUCACAGCUACCAUGGGCGGCCACACCAAGAUAAAGCUCACAGCUACCAUGGGAGGCCACACCAAGAUAAAGCUCACAGCUACCAUGGGCGGCCACACCACAAUAAAGCUCACAGCUACCAUGGGCGGCCACACCAAGAUAAAGCUCACAGCUACCAUGGGCGGCCACACCAAGAUAAAGCUCACAGCUACCAUGGGAGGCCACACCAAGAUAAAGCUCACAGCUACCAUGGGAGGCCACACCAAGAUAAAGCUCACAGCUACCAUGGGAGGCCACACCAAGAAAAAGCUCACAGCUACCAUGGGAGGCCGCACCAAGAUAAAGCUCACAGCUACCAUGGGAGGCCACACCACGAUAAAGCUCACAGCUACCAUGAGCGGCCACACCAAGAUAAAGCUCACAGCUACCAUGGGAGGCCACACCAAGAUAAAGCUCACAGCUACCAUGGGCGGCCACACCAAGAUAAAGCUCACAGCUACCAUGGGCGGCCACACCAAGAUAAAGCUCACAGCUACCAUGGGAGGCCACACCAAGAUAAAGCUCACAGCUACCAUGGGAGGCCACACCAAGAUAAAGCUCACAGCUACCAUGGGAGGCCACACCAAGAUAAAGCUCACAGCUACCAUGGGCGGCCACACCAAGAUAAAGCUCACAGCUACCAUGGGCGGCCACACCAAGAUAAAGCUCACAGCUACCAUGGGAGGCCACACCAAGAUAAAGCUCACAGCUACCAGGGGGGGCCACACCAAGAUAAAGCUCACAGCUACCAUGGGAGGCCACACCAAGAUAAAGCUCACAGCUACCAUGGGCGGCCACACCAAGAUAAAGCUCACAGCUACCAUGGGAGGCCACACCACGAUAAAGCUCACAGCUACCAUGGGAGGCCACACCAAGAUAAAGCUCACAGCUACCAUGGGAGGCCCCACCAAGAUAAAGCUCACAGCUACCAUGGGAGGCCACACCAAGAUAAAGCUCACAGCUACCAGGGGGGGGGGGUGUGUGCAAUUAAGCGUAAUAGUUCCAUGA